UUUAAUUAGAAGAAGAAUUUUAUAUUCACAAAUUGAUCUCAUCUCUUUCAAUUUGACCUAAUUAUCAUUAAGCUUUCUGUUUUACAAUGGCAGACACUAACUCUCAAAACAUGAGCUAUCAAGCUGGAGAAGCCAAGGGCCAAGCUCAGGAAAAGGCUAGCAAUAUGAUGGAUAAGGCAAGUAAUGCAGCUGAAUCAGCUAAAGAGUCAAUUCAAGAGUCAGGACAACAGAUGAUGGCUAAGGCUCAAGGAGCUGCCGAUGCUGUCAAAGAUGCCGUCAACAAAUAAAACCAAAUAUCAUCAUCUUAAUUAAUUAAUUAUGAGUUUUAUUUUUUGGAGUUUGGGAUUUGUUUGGUUACUCCUUUUAUAAUGUCAAAUAAAUUCCUAUUGGAAUUUUCUUCA